GCCCUUGUUUUGACCCAAGAGAGGAUUGUGUGGGAAGUUUGUCUCUGAGAUAGAGCUGAAACACUGCUCUGCGAAGUGUCUGGAGCCUAAGUGUAUGCAGUGUGCCCGCCUCUCCAUUCCUUGAUAAAUAGGGAAACAGCUCAGUUUGCUCCAGCUGGGAAGUUGAAGUCAUUGUUAAAUGUAUUUAGAUUCAUUCUGUGAGGAAAAGAACAAUCUCUAGUAAUGUCAUAUAACUGUUCUAUGUUGGCAUUCACUGAUGAAGUGAGAAUUGGACCAGAUAAUGGCAAAUACUUAUGUCACUGUGUCUGAUGGGUACUGUCUUGCUGAACCGGUACAGUACUAUGAUAUUUUGCCAGAACAAGUCAGUUAUCAGCUGCAUGAAACUGAUUUUCAGGAAUCACCUUAUUGCCAGUAUUCUACUGUCCAGUUUCCUCCAGCUCUACAGUCUCAAUCUCUACAAAGUCAUUUCAGCACCUAUAGCUCAGAUCCACAGUUCAGUGGUGGAGAGUGUGGACUUGGUUCCUGUGAAUUAAAUAAACCCACUUAUGUGGGUGCCCAUGAUGCUGAAGAUGGAUACCCUGGAAUAAAAAGGUCCAGACUAACUCAUUCUUCCAUGCGAAUUAAGGGACAGGAAGAACCCUGUGUAGUUUGUGGUGAUAAAGCAUCAGGAUAUCAUUAUAAUGCACUUACUUGUGAAGGUUGUAAAGGCUUUUUUCGACGGAGCAUCACCAAAAAUGCAGUAUAUAGUUGCAAGAAUGGUGGUCACUGUGAAAUGGACAUGUAUAUGCGUAGAAAAUGUCAAGAGUGCAGACUGAAAAAGUGUAAGGCAGUAGGAAUGUUGGCAGAAUGUUUGCUUACAGAAAUCCAAUGCAAAUCAAAGAGACUUCGAAAGAACUUUAAGCAGAAGAAUAAUUUUCAGUCUAACAUCAAAGUGGAAGUAGAAGGAGUACACAAGCUUGUAUCAUCUACGACUAGAUCUGGAAAAGUGAUCCAGAAGAGCAUGGAAUUAACUCAAGAGGAAUAUCAGCUUAUUAAUAAUAUUGUGGCUGCUCAUCAAAAAUAUACAAUUCCUUUAGAGGAAACAAAGAAAUUUCUGCAGGAAUAUGCAACUCCUGAACUGAGCUUUUUGCGACUCUCAGAGACAGUGGUCCUACACAUACAGGGGUUAAUGGAUUUUACCAAGGGACUCCCAGGAUUUGAAAGUUUGACUACUGAGGAUCAGACUGCAUUAUGGAAGGGAUCAAAAACUGAAGUUAUGUUCCUUCACAUGGCCCAACUUUACAGUCAGAAAGAAUGUCUUUCCUCGGCUUCUGAAAGUACUGAGAGAAUAUCAAAUCAUUUAGAUCAUUCACUGAAUUGUCACAAUCAGAGUGGUGAUAGAAGUGUCAUGUAUUCUAUGGAGACAUUUUGUAAUGAAGAUUGUCCUACUACACUGACUGGUAUUGCUGAAGAAUUUAUUACCACACUGUUUUACUUCUACAGAAGAAUGAGUGAGCUUAAUAUAACUAAUACUGAAUAUGCUCUGCUUGCAGCAACAAUUGUGUUUUUUUCAGAUCGUUCAUGCCUUAAAAAUAAACAACAUGUGGAAAAUUUACAAGAACCAGUUUUACAAAUUUUGUACAAAUAUUCAAAAAUUUAUCAUCCAGAAGACCUACAGCAUUUUGCUCGUCUCAUAGGGAGGCUCACUGAACUGAGAACACUGAAUCACAACCAUUCAGAAAUACUUAGCACUUGGAAAACAAGGGACCCCAACCUGGCUAGUUUAUUCUCUGAGAAAUGGAAUUUGUAUUCACAUUGCUGAAAUUUUAGAAUGUUGUGGUUUGUCUUAACCUUCCUAAAUGUAGAUUGUUUACUCUAUCAUCAUAGGAUGACUGAUUUGAAAAACAUGAACAAGAUUACUAUGUUACCAAUAUGUCACCAAAAAAUGGACACCAUCAGUGCUCAUCAAACUUCGUGGAAUAUAGGACUACCAUUAGAGGGACAUCUAGCAGUCUUUACAAGAUUCAACUCAAAAGAAGUAAUGUUUUUUGUUACUGUAUGGUUUCUUCAAAAGGGAAUAAUGGUAAAUAGAGAUUUUAUGUGAAGAACUCUACUUUUUUUCCCAUUUACUGGAAAAUUUAAUGAAAAAAUAUACAUUACUUAGAGCCAUGAAAAAGACUAUCUAGUGGAAACAGUUGUAAUCAGACUAACGGCAGUUUGUGAACUCUAUUAAUCAGUCCAGAUUGAUGGAUAAGGAACUAACAUUUUAACCCUAUUCCUGAGAUAACAUUUUAUGAAUUAUUACAAAGGAAUAAAGCUUUGUUACCUUUUCUUAAUGUCUUUUAAAAAGAUCUUUUAUAAGCCCAAGUUAAGAAAAUUGUAAUGGCAAAAUAUGGAAAAAAUUAAAAUGACAAGUUAUUAGAAUAUUUUAACAUAUACUGGGAAAUUUAGCACAAUUUACUGAUCUGGUAAACCAUAUUUUGGCAUUUUGCUAAAUGCCUUUUGUAGUAAAAAAUGAAGUUCUUAAAACCUGAAAUAUUUCCAUAAAUAUUUUAAUACUUGUAAGGAUAGGAUGGCUGUACAUUAAAUUUCAAAAAAAUAAAUUUCAU